AUGAUUGGAGCCAGCCAAUCCAGGAGUAUAAUUACAAGUGACCCUGGCUUUGUAACAAAUAGGUUUGCCUCUUCAGAGCAAGUUGUGGCAGGUUCAGUUUCUCAAGUUGAUAAUCAUGAAAAGGAGUUGGAGGUUUUAACAAGUGGUUUAUGUCAUCAAUCAACUGAGGGUUCUGGUUUGGGUACGAGGGUACGAUAUUGCAGGAGCUGCAAGGCAUACAUAAAGGGUCUCGACCACCAUUGUCGAGCUUUUGGGAACUGUAUAGGGUUCUGGUUUGGGUACGAGGGUACGAUAUUGCAGGAGCUGCAAGUUGCUGCCAAGUCCGGGAUCUUACGUAAACCUAGCUUGGAGCCUACUCUUUCUGAAAAUUUAGUUGUUAGCACAAUUCUGUUCGUCAUUCUCCAGUUGGUGCGGCAGGUGGUGUUUGUGAUCUGGCAUAUAUAUUGUGUAUGCUUCAACAUCAGAACUGAUGAGUGGAAUGCAAUGCCUAAUCUUUUGCCCGUCCAGGGAAAAACUUCACAAGUAUUAGGUUCAGGAAUCCUUAUGACAAAGCCAUUCUUCAGAAUGCCAGGGAGUCUUUAG